AUGCGGAAAGUUCACAAGGGAGGUAGUAACAAGUCGGGGUCUGCCUUGAAGCCCCCACUUGCCAGUGCAGGCAUGAGUCCGGCAAAGAUGCCGAAACGUAAAACAUUUGAUGGCAGGAAGCAGAGGGAGAAACAAAAAAUGAGAAUGAGGGAGAAGAGACAGCAGUCUCGGUAUCCAGACACUCCUCCCAAUGAGCUGGUUGUAGAGUCCAGUGUUUCUGUUGAACCAGUGGAUGGAGCAAUCUCUGCUCCCCCCAGUAAUUUUCUGGGGCAGGUUUCCAUGGGGUUUCCUAAUAGUAAAAAACCCCUGGCCAGAGUGCAGGCCUCUCUUCGCGAGAGAAUGCACUCACCUGCCUCGAGGUUGCCAUCUCCUCGAGGAAGUCGUCUGUUUGUCCGUGAACAGGACAAGGCACCGUCCCCUGACUCCCCAGCGUGGGUUUGUGCUCCACCGAGGGCACCUGGACUGGACACCGUGCACGUGUCUGGUCCAGCAGGUCAGGCGCAGCUGGAUACCUCCAGGGAGGAAGAGACCAGCAGUAUUCUAAAAGAUGAGGAAACCUUAACGAGAAACAAAACGGAUAAUGAACGAAAAACAAAACGUAUUCUGAAUGAACACAAGAUACUAGAAACUAUAUAUGAGAACCAGAACAAUGAUAUAUCAGAGGAAAUAUAUGAUGAGAUAUCAAAGAAUAUAUAUGAUGAGAUAUCAGAAAGUAUUAUAGAAAACCAGUGCAUUAAGAUAUCAGAGAAUAUGUAUGACAGCCAUAAUGAGAUAUCAAAGAAUCUUAAUGAGAAUGAAGAGAGUGAGGUUACAGAGAAUAUGAAUGAAAAACGUGUAACUGCCAUACAUGUGAAUCUGUAUGAGAAUCAACAGACAAGGACAAUGAAGGAUAUAAAUGGCAAAAUAGAAAAUGAGAAUGAUCUUGAAAAAAACAUAAAGAGAGAGAAAUAUAAUCAGAACCCAGUACUACGAAACAGAAAAUUAGCUGCAGCGGCUCUUAAAUAUAGAGAAGACAAGUAUUACCAAUCAUUUGUGAAGGAAAGAUACAAGGAAAAAUAUAGAUCUGAUACCAAAUGCAGAGAAAGAAGUAAGAAGUUGUAUGACAAAAAUCGAGAUGUUAAGAGAGAGAUAAGCACAGAGAAAUACAGAAGAAACACUUCGCAUAGAGAAGAUGUAAAACUGAGAAGCAAAGAGAAGUACAGAACAGAUCCUGUACACAAAGAGGAGAUGAAGAAAAGAAGUACAGUGAAAUAUCAAACUAAUGCAAAGCAUAGAGAAGAGAUGAAAAAGCGAAGUAUAAUUAAAUACCAAUCAGAUGAAAAACACAGAGAAGAGAUGAAAAAGAGAAGUAUAAUUAAAUACCAAUCAGAUGAAAAACACAGAGAAAAUGUUAAGAUUAGGAGUAAGCAGAUCUACAAUAGUGAUGAAGCUCACAAAAAGCGUGUAAAUUCUGCAAGUAUUCGGAGAUACAAUACUGAUGAAUCAUACAGGAAAAGAAAUCUUAGGAAAAGGUCAAUGAAGUAUGAAACAGAUGAUGGCUUCAGAACAAGAGCUAAAGUCUAUAGUAAAGAAAUGUAUGCAUCAAGUUCUAAUGUCAGAUUAAAGAAAAAAGAUGCAUUAAUACAGCAAAGAAGAGCAAAAAGACAAAAACUAGAUAACGAAGAGGAAGUAGCAGCCUUGUUUAGGUGUAAAGUAAAGGAAGGCAUUAAUUACAUAUGUUGUUGUUGUAAUCGGCUCUUGUUUGAAAAUCAAGUCCAAAGAUGCAAUCCCCCAUCUUAUGAAAAGAACACAGAAGGAGCAUCAGCAGCCGAAGUCUGCAUACAGACAAAAUAUUUGCAUCAGUGUUCAGAAUUUUGCCUUCCGAACUGUACAAGAUCAUCAUUGUGGAUUUGCUUUACCUGUCAUAGGAAGAUUCUAAAAGGAAAAAUUCCAGCAGAGGCGACCGUGAACAAUUUGAUUUUGGAAGAUAUUCCGAAGGAACUUUCCGACUUGAAUAGCCUCGAAAGACACCUAAUUGCAUUACAAAUACCUUUUAUGAAGGUAAUGGGGCUUCCUCAUGGUGGUCAGAAGAAUGUUCAUGGACCGGUUGUUUGUGUGCCAUCAGACAUGAAAAAGGUAGCAAAUUUACCGCUGAAGGAAGAUGAAAAUUUGUUGUUGCGUGUAAAAUUGAAAAGGAAAUUAAAUUACAAAGGAUAUUUUGAAUAUCAGUUUGUAGACCCAAAGCACGUUUUUGCUGCCUUAGAUUACUUGAAACAGAAUAACAAAUGGUAUGCAAGUGUUACAAUAGACAAGAAUUGGAAAGAAAAUGAUUUUGGUGAAGAAGUUACAGAAGUAACUGAUGAAGUACAAUUAGAUGAUGUAGAACACCAAGAAUUAGCUACUGACACCUGUUUACAGCCACUGGAUAUUGCACAGGAAGUUUUAGAUCAUUUCUUUGAUGACAUAUACAGUAUUGCACCUGGAGAAGGUAAGAAUCCUGUUCGCAUGUUGCAAGAACCAGGAAAUGAAGCUAAAUCCUUUCCAUACCUUUUUCCUAGCGGAAAGUUCUCAUGGAAUGACGAUAGGCCGGAAAGGAUAACGUUAUCUAGAUAUUUCAACAACCGGUUAAUGAAUGCAGAUAACCGAUUUGCUAAAGAUACAAGUUACAUUUUUUUCAGCCAGUAUUUGUCAGAACUGAAUCAAGUAAUAGAGAAAACUCAAAUCUCAAUUCGAAAAUCUGUCACAAAGAUUGGGAGUGAUAAAUUAGUUACACCAGACAUGUUACAAGAUCCGGAGACCCUUUCAAAGCUGUUGAGAAAUGACGAGGCAUUACGCUUUAUGCAGCCUAUUCGUGGAACACCGGCAUAUUGGUCUGCAGCCCAAAAAGAUCUCUUUGCAAUGCUGCGGCAGUUGGGAAUACCUACAUGGUUUUGUUCGUUCUCUGCUGCUGAACAUAGAUGGAAUGAUUCUAUUAGAACAAUUUUACAACAACAGAAUGAUCACAGAGAUCCAGAUUUGUUAGAUUGGUCUGAAAAAAACGAAGUACUAAAAAGUAAUCCAGUUACUGUUGCAAGGAUGUUUGAACAGAGAUUCCACGUGUUUCAGAAAGAUGUCAUUUUAUCGCCAUCGGAACCAAUUGGAAAAGUUAUAGACUUUUUUCAGAGAGUUGAGUUUCAACAAAGAGGAUCGCCUCACAUGCACUGCUUAUAUUGGGUUGAAAACUCUCCUAAAAUUGAUCAAGAUGGCGAGGAAGCAGUGUGUAAUUUCGUCGAUAAAUAUGUAUCUUGCGCAGUUCCUUUGGAGGAGGAAGAUGCUGAGCUAAGAAGCAUUGUGCUGGCUGUUCAACAACACAGUAAAAAACACUCCAAGUCAUGCAGAAAGAAGGGCUCAGAGUGCAGGUUUAAUUUUCCUAGACCGCCUUCUGUACGCACAUUCAUCACUUCACCUGAAACUGAUGAAAUAGAUCAAAAUAUUGAAACAGAAACAAAAAAUGAGACAGAGAAAAGGGUUGCUAAAGAUAUGCUAAUGCGUGUCUGGGAUGAAAUGCAACUAGACAGCAAUUCAUCAAGCACAGUGGGCGAAAUCUUCAAUGCAUUGGGAUUGACGCAAGAACAAUAUGAAACAGCAUAUAACAUUAUUACAAAAAAGAAGGCAAUUGUUCUGCAAAGAGAACCGUGUGAGCUCUGGACCAACCAGUACAACCCAUGUCUAUUAAGGUGCUGGGAUGCAAACAUGGACAUUCAAUUUGUUUUAGAUCCAUUUAGCUGCAUUGUUUAUAUCAUUUCUUAUAUCUCAAAAUCUGAAAGAGAAAUGGGGAUGUUGCUGAAACAAACAAAGAUAGAGGCCGAGGAAGGGAACUGUGAAGCACGCCAAACAUUGAAAAAAAUUGGGUCUGCCUACUUAAAACAUCGGGAAGUGAGUGCACAAGAAGCUGUUUAUCGUGUCUGUAAUUUGAAAAUGAAAGAGUGUUCGAGGAAGGUUGUUUUUAUACCAGUGGGAGAAAACCCAACCCGUUUAACCAAACCACUUUCUCAGAUAAAACGAGCCACACAUAAGGAGAGAGAAGAAGCCAAUGACGAUGGAAAUGAGGAAGAGGAUUUAUGGAUGACAAAUAUUGUUGAAAGGUAUGAAAAUCGACCAAACAAGAUAAUGUUUCACGACAUGUGUUUGGCUCAAUUCUGUUCAGAAUACCGCGUUCUUGCAAAGUCUCAGGUUCCAAAGACUCCAAAUGAAAAUGUAUUUGAAUUGCAAAAUUCAAAGGGAUUUGUACAAAAGAGAACCAGAACAAAACCAGCUGUAAUUAGAUACCCACGGUUUAGUGUUGACAAAAUGUCUGAAAAAUAUUAUCAGUGUCUCCUACAGCUCUUCCUGCCUCACGAGAGAACAACUCAAUUAAAACCAACAGGUUUUGAUCUCUAUCAGACAUUUUAUGAGAAUGGCCAUGUUAAAGUGAGAAAUGAUAAGACAUUACAAGCAGUCAAGAUAUUGGUCGAUACAAAUCAUGCAAAAUUUGCAGAAAAUGAAGAAAUGAUAGCGGACGCACAAGAAACAUUUGAGACUAUCGGAGAACCGCAGGAUGCAUGGGCAAGUUUAUGUCCAGAAACUGAAUUGAUACGAAAGGAAUGUAUUGAAGAAAGAAGUACACUGAAUGUGUUGGAUGAUCAUGUCGAUGAAAUACCGGAGAUGGAGACCGAGGCAAACUCAGCUGAUGUCAUGUUCAAAGUCCAACAAAAUAACCAAUCCAGAGAAGAAGCCUUGCAGAUAAUCCAAAACCUAAAUGAGACACAGAGAAACAUCUUUUAUUAUAUAAGAGACUGGUGUAUAGAAAAAUCAACAGGACAAAACCCAGACCCCUUUCACAUAUUUAUAACAGGUGGUGCAGGUACAGGAAAAAGUCAUGUUAUUAAGGCAAUUCAUUAUGAAUCCUCACGUUUGCUUGCAAAAAACUUGUCGACGCCAGAUAGUUUAUCAGUUCUGUUGUCUGCUUUCACAGGAACAGCUGCAUUCAACAUUGGUGGAAAUACAAUUCAUCACCUUUUUGCAUUGCCAAAGUAUAUGCGUCUACCUUAUGAACCAUUAAAAGAACAGAUUCUCAGUGAAAUAAGAGUACAACUUCGAGAUCUGAGUGUUCUGGUAAUUGAUGAAGUGUCUAUGGUUUACAAGAGACUGCUGUAUUAUAUCCACGAAAGACUUGUGCAAAUAAAAAAAAGCAAAAAGCCGUUUGGAGGAGUCAGUGUCAUUGCGGUAGGCGACUUUUACCAGCUCCCUCCAGUGAAACAACGUAAAGAUGAAAGACUCUACAAAAGCAACAUUUCAUAUCCAGUUGAUCACUGGCAAGAAUUAUUCAAAGUUGUCGAGUUAACAGAAAUCAUGAGACAAAAACAGGAUGUACCAUUUGCAGAAAUUCUUAAUUCUCUCCGUACACGAGAAUUGCGGGAACCUCUUAAAACUGACACCUUGUCCAUGCUUCAUGAAUGUGUUAGAGAGGGACCAGAGGACGUGUUGCAUGUAUAUGCUACGAACGACGAAGUAAAUAAUUUCAAUCUUAAAAUGCUGCGUAAAAGUUGCAAGGAAUUUGUUGAGAUUGAUGCUCGGGAUUUCGAAAAAGACACAGCAACAGGGAAACUAACACUGAGAAGAAAGCCUAUAUCUAGAUCAAAAACGGACGGUCUGUCCAGUUCCCUUUUGAUUGCGGUAAAUGCACGGGUAAUGCUUACUCGAAAUUGUAAUGUAGAGGACGGACUUGUAAACGGUGUCAUGGGAAACAUUUCAAAUUUCAUUUUGAAAGACGGAAAUGUAGAUCAUGUUCUUGCAGUUGGGGUGAUAUUCGAUAACAAGAAUGUUGGAAAACAUACUGGAAGAAAAACAUCACAGGGAAAUGUUGUUUUAAUCGAGAGGGUGCAAGAGGAAGUGGUGGAAAAAAAAUCAAAAUCAUAUGUCAGACAUCAGUUUCCUCUACGAUUAUCAUGGGCGUGUACAGCUCACAAGGUCCAAGGAAUGACUGUUGACAAAGUCGUUGUCAAUUUAGACCGAACAUUUUCUGCAGGUCAAGGAUAUGUUGCGCUAACAAGAGUGAGAUCCAAAGACGGAUUAUUCAUCGAAACCGAUGAUGUCAAAACAUUAGAGAAAAAGAUGGAUUUUCUUUCCACUCUCAAGCUAGAGGAAAUGCAUACGAUGAUCAGUCUACAGAUAUGCAAAACAAAAGUGUUGGAAAGGGUGGCGGUGUUGCUGUGUAUAUCAAAAGCAAUGGACAUGAUAAUAAAGCUAAUCCUCUUCCUGUGA